GCAUAUAACAUACUCAUUGCUUCACCAGAUAUCGACGCAUUCAGUCCACAAACAAUGCCGUCGAAGUCGCUGUUACUGCUGCUGCUGUCAAGCCUACUCUUUAUUUGGCUGAUAGUUGGCGCUGAUUCCGUUCAGUCAAACUUACAGCCCCAUUGGAGCGACGAUGAGAGCCAUUUUAAUAGAACACUGAGCAAUAUUUUGGUCCCACGCGUCGUUGGCAGCCAGGGCCACCAGCAGGUCCGUAAUUACCUCAUACAGACGCUUAGCGACCUUGGUUUCAAAACGGACGUAGACGAAUUCAAGCAACGAGUUCCAAUUUUUGGGGACCUCACCUUCACCAAUGUGCUGGGCUGCAUCAAUCCGCAGGCGAAGAAUUUUCUGGCGCUCUCAUGUCACUAUGACAGCAAAUACUUCCCCAACGAUCCUGGUUUUGUGGGUGCUACAGAUUCGGCUGUUCCCUGUGCUAUUUUAUUAAACACGGCCAAAACCUUGAACAGCUAUUUGACGGCACAAUUUCAAAAUCGCACCGAUCUGGGUUUGAUGCUGAUAUUUUUUGAUGGCGAGGAAGCUUUCAAAGAUUGGACUAACAGUGACUCAGUGUAUGGCUCGAGGCAUUUGGCUACCAAACUGGCACGCUCGCGCACCGGUCCAAGUGUUGGCGGACAAACUCCUCGCACCAUAGAUCGCAUCGAAGUGCUCGUGCUGUUGGAUUUAAUAGGCGCACCCAAUCCGAAAUUCAGCAGUUUCUAUGAGAACACACACGCACUGCACCGUAGUCUGGUGGAGAUUGAGCAAAGGCUGCGCUCUAGUGGUCAACUGGAGGGCAACAACAACAUGUUUCUGAACCGACCCUCGGGUGGCUUUGUUGAUGACGAUCAUCGUCCAUUUUUGGAGGAAAAUGUGCCCAUAUUGCACUUGAUUGCAACUCCGUUCCCAGACGUCUGGCAUACGCCUCGGGAUAAUGCCGCCAACUUGCAUUGGCCUAGCAUUCGCAAUUUUAACCGCAUUUUCCGCCUCUUUGUCUACGAGUACGUGCGUCUGCACAAACAACCUGUAAACUUACGUUACUAUCGGGCAUAGGCUUCAUUUCCUUGUGGCUUAAAUUUAUUGUAAUUGUAAAGUAUCUGUUUGUUAAUAAAAAUGUUCUAGCUAA